GAUGACUGUGGAAGUUAAAUUUAAUAGCUUAUGGAAUGUAACUGAUCCAGGUUUUAUUUUAAACUGCAAUCUAAGCGAUAAAGAAGUCUUAAAAACUGGUAAUGAUGAUCAUUUUUUGAUUUUUACCCAAGAAACAUUAGGAGCUUUAAAAAGUGUCACUGUAAAUUGUAAGUCUUGUGAGAAAGAUAGUUGGUAUCUAUGCUACAUUCGUAUUCACGAUAUUCUAUGCAACCGAAUCUUCUAUUUUCCAUUCCACGGAUGGAUUAUCCCGGAAAAUGGAAUUAAGACAGUAAACAUACCGGUAUGCUUCGAUGAAACUUCUCUGCAUAUUCGUCGUUUUAUCAGAUGCUUUUUAGAAUAUCAUAUAUGGUUGAGAUUAUUUUUUGGAAAAGAGUCUUAUUUAUCAGCUUUCGGGUGCAUAGCCAAUACUCUCUUAUGCCUUGGUCACACAGUCGCUGCUUUGACAACUUCCGCUUUAGUAUAUAACUAUAGGUGUAGCAGUCCCGCUUUCUGGUGGUCUUCCGGUAGUAGGGUAAUUGAGAUUUGUUUUUGGUCUUUUAUCCCUUGGAUUAUAUUGGUAUUUUUCGAAGUCGUUCUGAGAAAUGUAAGGUCUAAAAAGGCCUUGUUAUCAGAAUACACUCCAGCUAUUGACCUCGCUCACCUCGUUCCCAGCGUUGGGGUUGAAAAGCGAAUUUUAGACGGCUCUAAGCAAAAAAAAUUCGACAAGAAAAACUACGAUGAAAAUUCUUUAUCCAAGAGUCAAUCAAAGAUCUCUCUGAAACUCAGCCAAGACUCACUUGACUACUCGAUAGAAAGAUUUCAAGGUGAUAUUAUAAAUGAAGAACUAGGGGAAAACAAAAUUUCGUUACAGAGAAGCGUUGCUUCACAAUUUUCUGAGAACGUACUCUUCAAGGAAGUGAUUGAUAUUAACAUUGGCAAUGUAGCAGCUGAACAAGUUCCCAAUUUCAACCCAUAUUUACCCAUUUCCUCUCCGAAAUUGAAUAAAAAGCUUCUUCUUUCUUUUCCUCGUGCAAGCGGAGACGCCGAUUCAUUAGAUGAAAAGAACGCUUUUUCCUUAAGUCACGAUCGCCUUGCUAAUAAGAUAUCGGUGAAUUGUCCUGCUAAUGAGCUUCCCUUUCGCCUUUCUAACACUAUCUAUCAGGACAAAACACAGAUAAAUGAAUUAAAUCAAAAGCCUAUCGAAUUUAUCAACGACUUAUCAACGAAAAUCGUAGAGGAUGCCAUGAAGGAUGACAUGGAUAGAGAUUCAUUAGAAGAUUUCGAAUACAUAACGAAACAUCCAAUAAGCUCAUAUCUAAGUAAUCGGGAAUUGAAUUUAAUGGUUAAAUUAUCAAUUGAAAAAGCAUUAGCUUGUAAAUCUAAUUUAAAGGGUGAAUUCUUAAGGAAGUGUCUGAACGGAAUGGAAAUAAAGGAUAAUCAUUUCUUAUCCGGGCGCUGUACUGAUGGAUUUUCGGAGAAUGUAAAGUUGAAUAGUAAAUCGAAUUUCCAUACUGAACAAUUCCCAGAUAGAAUCGCUAUAGAUUCGAAUCUUGAAGACAAUCAGACCACAAUUGAUGAUCAGUACGACCAAAGAUUAUCAAUGACCAACAAGAAGCUAAAGAAAAAUGUGGGCUCAAUACAAACACCGUUUAACAAAAAGAGACAAAAUACUCGAUUAGCUUAUGGGAUUAUGUCAAGAAUUGAGAAAGGAGAUCAAAAGUUGGUUAAUCAUCUAAUGUUAUUCGUACUUAGAGAAGCCGUUGAAGGAUUUCAGGGAACUAUAGAAGAGAGUUUAAAUCAGAAAUGGAAUUCUAAUAACAUAGAUACAAAUGAGGAUAAUCUAUUAAAGUCUCUUAUUGAAGAAUCUAAUAAACAAAUUUAUUUAUCGAUAGUGAAAUCAAUACCAGCAGUUGUCAAAUUUCUAAACAAAUCGAAUUUGAGAGACGCUUUAAGGACUGAUGAUAGAUUUAACCAAGAAUAUUUGAAUACGAAUAGAAACGCUUCGACCAAAUAUAUUGAUCCUACCCGAUCGGAACUAUCGACAAGGACUCUUCUAACCGGUGACGAGAGGGAAUACUUAUUCGAUAAAUUUGAGAAAAGAGCGUCAAAAAGCAAUAAAAUAGUAAACGAACUAAGAAGAAUUGUUGGUAUGAAACCAAAAAAGACGGAUGACGAAGAAAUUAUGAAUAUUUAUGAGAAAUAUUUCUGCAAUCAAUGUCCUGAUAGAGAGAGAUUAGAAGAAGAAUUAUAUAGGUUAUAGAUCAACUUAAUAAGAAGAGAGAUAAAUUCCCAUUCUGAAAAUAAUUUAUUAAAUCUUAAGUUGAUUUAUAAUUUAUGAAAAUAGGUUAGAAAUGUCGUUAACGGGUGAAUUUAGAAAGAUGCUACCUUGGCCUAUAGCUUUAUAUGUCAACUGCUGCAUGAUGGUUUUAUUAGUAUUUGCAACAAUCUUGACAGUCCUUAGCACGAGUUCCACGUCGGAUAGAGCAGCUUUAGCAUUCGUUUCGACUGCCUGCGUCGUCAUUUCAGCCUAUGUAUUCGUUUUUGAAGUUAUGAAAGUCUUUAUUAUAUGUGGUGCCAAGAAAAAUUAUCAUGAAACUCCCUCAGGACCUUUCUAAGCUAAUUAACUGCCUUAUUCACUCAUAAAUCCCAGACUUGUUUUCCUCUUUAUGGAUUUAUGACUUGCGUUUCCCAUAAAUAUAUU